UGCGGACGCGCAGACGCGGUAUGUACUAGAAUGCCCCACGCCCGCGGCCUCAGAAGCAGCCACCAAUCAGACGCGCGCUGAACACGGUCCGAGGAUCUUACCCAUCACCCACCAGCAUCCCGUCCCGUUGACCGAGGGGCAUUUGUUGAUUGUCCCGUAAGCACCUUUCACAAACAUAUUGGGAGCUUCAGGAUGGCACAGAGAAUACUUGUGAGGCCAAUUGACCUUAUUCUGAGCACUGCUCUUAGACAGCAAUUUGUUCGUCCCUUCAGCACAGUCUUGGACACUCCAAUCGAUCCUCAAACCCAACAAGCUACCCCACCAGCUGCCCGGAAAUCGUCGGUCUUCAAGGAUGCUGUCAAUGCUACCGGAACUAGAAACAACUGGACAAGAGAAGAAAUCGCAGAAAUCUAUCACACUCCAAUGAUCAAGCUGACAUACGCGGCGGCUUCAGUGCACCAGCGCUUCCAUGACCCAGCUGCUAUUCAGAUGUGCACUCUGAUGAACAUCAAGACCGGCGGCUGCAGUGAAGACUGCUCAUACUGUGCUCAAUCCAGCAGAUAUGACACAGGUCUAAAGGCUACUAAGCUUUCGUCGGUCGACUCUGUCCUCGAGGCUGCACGCAUUGCCAAAGAGAACGGUAGCUCCAGAUUCUGUAUGGGUGCAGCAUGGCGUGACAUGAGAGGUCGUAAGACCAACUUGAAGAAUAUAAAGGCCAUGAUCACUGGUGUCAGAGAGAUGGGCAUGGAGGCUUGCGUGACUCUUGGUAUGGUCGACGCUGAGCAGGCAAAGGAGCUCAAGGAUGCCGGCCUCACUGCGUACAAUCACAACGUAGACACCAGUCGAGAGCACUACCCCAGCGUCAUCACAACACGAACAUACGACGAGCGCCUCAAGACCAUCCAGAACGUCCAGGAAGCCGGUAUCCACGUCUGCACUGGAGGUAUUCUUGGACUCGGCGAGAAGGCCAAAGACCACGUUGGCCUCAUCCAUACCGUCUCAACGCUCCCGGCCCACCCUGAAUCUUUCCCUGUCAAUGCUUUGGUUCCCAUCAAGGGCACACCGCUUGGAGAGACAGAAUCUGUCAAGUUCGACGCAAUCCUCCGUACCAUUGCGACUGCUCGACUGGUCAUGCCGACGACUAUCAUUCGUCUUGCAGCUGGCCGUCAUACCAUGCGCGAGGAGAAGCAGAUCAUGUGCUUCCAGGUUGGUGCAAACGCUGUCUUCACUGGCGAGAAGAUGCUCACUACUGCUUGCAAUGGCUGGGAAGAGGACAAAGCUAUGUUCGCACGGUGGGGUCUACGCCCAAUGGAGAUGAAGGAGACUAUUGGCGAGCAAAUGUCGAUAUCUGCAUAAUCUCUACGAUCUAGCGUUGAAGCCUCAAAGGCUAAAAAGAAUACAUGUCGUUAAAGCCGAGCUCUUACUUGCUCUGGGCUCCCACCUUCUAACUCGAUGUCCUCAGGAUGCUUCUCACACCAUUCCUGCAACGCGCUGACUAAUUUUUCAACCUCUUUAACAGUGUUGCCUGCAUGUAAGCAAACCCUCACUCGCUCUG